CCAGACUGAAGGAAGGGUGAGUAUUGAGACUUGUUCAUAUUUUUAAGUAUCUUCUCCAUAUUUAUUUGUGGUAGGUGUUGCACAGGUGACUCUCUUAAUGCUAUUUAUGCACAUAAAACCUAUAUGUGAAUUGGGAUUUGGGUGGAAAAAAAUACACCAAAUCGAACUACAUCAGUAACAAUUUGUUCACUUUAAAAGCACGGUUCCCUUUAUGCAUCUGGAGGAUAAGUAAACAGCACCGAUACAGCCUCUUUUGCCCUGAUUCUCUGAAUUUAGUUUUCAAUGUAGCAAUAAAUAUUUACAAGGGAUAGCUGGCUUGACAGGAACUGCAACAAAAUGAUUUCCUGGGCAGAGGUUUUUCAUCUUUUUGCCAGUCCCUCAUCAUCUGUGCUUUCACAUCUUUACCAGUAAGGGCAACAACAUGCCAUGAUUAAAACAUCUGAAGCAGUAGCUAUUCUUCUGCUCCUAAAACCUCCUUCAAGUACACGGUUUGCAUAGGAAUCAUGGAAAUUCGACAACAAAAAAAUGCACUACAAAGCCCCAGCCCGCUGCGCUGCUGCCGAGCUGCGAGCAGUGCGGGAGCUUUGUGAGCACCGAGUCCCGCCUGGUAACAGUUGCUACGUCUCGGGGCUGAAAGGGGUCACCUCAUACAAGCCUCCCUCAUCAUCUGCCUACAUCACCCGCGUGUCACCGAGCUCUCAGCAUGUGCGAGUCUGAAUCUGGAGGCAAACGCUUCAGAUAAUACAAAAUACCAGCCGGUGAUUCGUCUCCCUUCCCUGGCUUGCAUGUUGUCUGUAGCAACAAGAAGCGUUUCGCCUGCAAGCAAGAGAUCUCUCUGGAACAGAGUCCUGGCGUUUUAGCGAGUGCAUUACAGGAAAGUCCUAGAACACCACAAUGAUUAGAAGUCCAGAUCUGGAAUCCUUUGUUUGUUGCGCUGUAUGUUCAAAAAUAAUACCACCACCGCCUUCUCACGCCACUUUUGAUCAGAUCCGGGAGUAUAAGCCUUUCAGGACACGGUAUUACACUCAUCGUGAUAUACUGGAGAUUGGAGCGAGCAUUCAACAGGAGCAGCAUGAAAGGAGGGAAGCAGAGAUACAAGAGCGCAUUGAAAAAAUGAAAGCUGAACUUUGGUCUCAGGCUGAAAUGCAGAAAGAAGAUGCAGUGGAUAAAGCUCUCAAAGAGGCAGCCGCUAACCACAGUACAUUUGUACAAGACCUUAAACAGAAACUUGGAAAGGAAGUAAGGGAAGCGGUGAGGAAGGCGAAGGUAGAGAUGCAGCAGUACAUGGAGGAGCAGCAGAGGAGGGAGGCUGAAGCUGCAGAGCAGCGCAUGGCUCACAGGCUUCGGUGUGCCCUGAUGGAGUGCGCACAGGAGAAGAUUCAAGCGGUGGCAGAAGCCAGGAAGCAGGAGCGGGAGGCGGCAUUGAAUGAAGCAGCCAGGCAGCACAGAAAGCACCUAGAGCAACUCAAAGAAGAAAGCAUGUUAGCUGAGGCACUAUAUCGUAAGAGAAUAGAUCAAUUAAACAAAGAAAAAUGUAAUGAGAUGAAUAUUGCCCUGAGCAUCAAACAAAAAGAGAAUCAGAUUGAGAUUGAAAAGCAGCUCAAAGAAGCAGAGAACCUACAUCUUGAUGAGCUGGAAAAAGUGAUGGCUACGCUGAAAGCAGCAGAAGAACAGGUAAAGACUCUCAUGCAAAAGCUGGAAAAGAUGACAGUGUGGAAGGACAGCCUGGAAAGUGAAAUACGAGCAACAAGACAAGCUUUUCAAAAGUAUAUUGAUGCCACAUUUCCUGACCUGUCCCCUGGACAAGCGGAUUUCAUUCUGCCUUUCAGAACAACAUUGCAGCAGAGGGACACCCCAGAAGAAACAGAGGGAAGUGACAAGGAAUGUGAGAGAAGGAGUACUGGAAGUGUGAGAUUCACAGCCGUGGGUAAACAGAACUUCAAGUAGGUGAUGCUGAAAAAUAAAGUCAUGUCAGUUCAUUGCAUUACAUGAGCGUGGUUGGAAUGAUUCAGAGAAAAAUAAUCAGGAGUGAUAAGCCUUAAAAAUUAUCCAUUAAUCUCUCUUUUACAAAUGCUAAGGAAGAGGUUAGAACAUGUAGCACCUGAGGAGGUUCCCACUGAAUCCUUCCUUCCUGAAGAGAGUCCAGAAAAUCUGUCUUCUAGUGAAGCAUCAGCACUAGGACUGCGAGGACUGGUGGCUCUGCCCUGAAUACUCAUGUAUGGAGACAUGCAGACAAGCUUAGAACACCUGUGGCUUUUGUUAUGAAAUUUACAUGCUGGUUAUUCUAUGCAACUUUAAUGAAAAACACUCGUUACCUCCGUAUCCAUUCAUGCCUGCUCAUUUGGAGGAGUAAAAACGGCCUGAGGCAGUUCAGUGUGAGAAUGAGGGUUGACUGGGAGGAUCUGAUAAUUUUCUGUAAUUAAUUAUACAAGAUGAUUCAACCCAUGCUUCUUCUAUAAAGUGGAUCCUCUAGUCUGUUCAGGUGGAUUACUGCACAAUUUUUGAACGGUUACUUAGAGGGAAGUGAGGUAGGACAGGUUUGGAACUGGCCUCUGGUGUGUUGAUGAAUAAAGAGAAGACAGAAGGCUGAAAGUCAU